AUGGCCUCCAUCCUUCACCUCUUUGCGUUGUCCGCUGCUUUGGGCCAGGUGACUGCUACCUUCGAUCUCAACACUGCUGGUCCUAGUUGGGACUAUACAACAAAGGACUUAGCAGACACGACCUCGCAAGCUUGCAAAGACGCCUAUAGCGCCAGUAUCAACUGCGAUGAAACCCUCCUCAAGAUCGUGGCCUCUAUGGAUCCCGACUUCGACCCGCAAUCGUCGGACCUGCAGGCUAUGUGCACAACAACAUGCAGUGAUUCAUUGACCCAGUAUAUCAAGAAAGUCAAUGCUGCAUGCGACAAGGACGGCGAUCUAGCCGGGAUUUCCAGCGGGAACAAGAAUAUCUAUCAGGCUCCCGUUGCCACCGUGGGCGAGGUGUUCCAGUACAAAUACGGCCAAGCUUGUGCCAAGAGCGGGUCUGACUACUGCUACUUGACCUAUCCCGAAAGCGACGAUUGGGCCAAAACCGACUUCCCGUGUAGCGACAAGUGUGCAGUUCAGUUUUUCCAAAACGCCCACGAGCAACCUGGCUCGGCAUAUUUCUUCAGCUACUUUUCUCUUGGUAACCAGUCCUCAUACUGGGAGGAUACCUUUGCCGGUGGUUGGGAGACUGUGGUUCAAUGCGGCGAUGGUGGAAGCAAUGUAAGCUCCGUUAGCGCAAGUUCGACGAAGACCGAUAUCGUUAACAUCACAUCUUCCACCAGCUCAAUUAGCAACACAUUGGCUAUUUCUCCGACCUCAACGCCGACUGCUGCGGUGUCAACCGCCGUGCCGGUUCGGUCUGCCUCUGAGAGUACUUCAACUACAGCCACUGGUGGUGCUUCGAGGCUCAGAGCUUCCUUUUUGCUUUUUUAG